CCCCCCCCCCCCGAGUUUUGGCUGCCUUGUCCUCGCCCUGCUCCCUCGUUUUGCUCCCUCUCCCACCCUUCCCCUCCCCUCUAAAUCAUCCUCUCGAGAUCUUUUGUGAUCGUCUUGUAAUUCAGGCGUGGUUUCUGUCCCUUCCACCCAUUCAAUAUCGAUUUAUUCACCCCAUUUGUCGUGAACAUGGGUCGGACAGUCGACCAGGAAGUUCACGCGGCGUUCGUCGAGUUCCGCGCCAAGGAAGACGAUAAGUGCCUUUCCGUCCAGUGUAUCUAUUGCCAGCAAAUCCGCGCAAAGAACACUUCGCGUCAGAAGCAGCACCUACUCGAAUGUCCCGGCCUCCGUCAUACCAACCCUUCAGCUCAGUCACAGUCCACUCAAUCCGCUCCUAACGGCAUCGGUGCUGCCAACGGAUAUCCUCCCACUCCCAAUGGCGCCGCUGCCACAGCUGCGGGCGCUGGGCCAGGGCCAGGUGCCCUCGCGACCCCGAAUGGACCCAUGAUGUCCAACGGUGUCAAUCCGCAUGCCACCCCGAUGCAGACGCCGCUGCAGAAUAUGCAGGGACGCGCUUCCUUGCCGACGUCAGGUCCUGCCGGGGCCACCUCCACGGCCGCUGCCGCGCAGCAGGCCCCUCGUGCGACACCCAAGUCCAAGCCGAAAAACUCGUCCUCCAACCUCCCCGCCCCGCCCCUCGAUGACGUGCAUGCCGCUUUUGUAGAGUUCCGUGCGAAGGAAGAAGACAAGUGUCUGUCCGUCCAAUGCAUAUACUGCCAGCAAGUCCGCGCGAAGAACACGAGUCGACAACGCCAACAUCUGCUGGAAUGCCCCACCUAUCUCAGUGUCAUGAAGGACUCAAUCCCCGCCAACAACCUCCUCCACACCUUCCCCGAGGGCGACGUGGCCCGCUCCCUGCAGAUCCCCGCGCCCACUCUCGAGUUGGACUUCCGCAUGAGCAUCAAGAUGAACCCCAAGGUCGCUGUGGGCGAGAGUAUUUGGGGCCAGCGUGACUGGGUGACAUUUGUGGGAGGGCAAUGGGCAGGUCGAUGGGGCAAAGGCAUUAUUUUGCCUGGGGGACAGGAUUCUCAGAUCGUGACUAAAGAGUCAUCCACCAGCCUUCGAGCAAGCUAUAUGCUUCAGACCGCCGACGACCCUCCCGCGUACAUUAUUGUGAAGGCCAAUGGAUGGUUGACUGGUUCUAAGGACGUCCUGGACAAGGUCAACGACCCGACCGUGGCAGAUGGUGUCAACCCGAACACGUAUAAAUAUCGCAUCAACCUAUCUAUGGAGACCGGAGAUGAACGGUACGCAUUUUUGAACACUUUGAUGUGGAUUGGCAGUGGUUGUCGCCGGGGCCAGGAAGUUAUCUUCGACGCCUUCCGCGUCAACUAAUCUGCCAUAAAAUCGCAGCUGUUUUGUCCGUUAUUAAGCGAGUAGCAAAUUUGAUUUCAUGAGGGAAAAAUGCGUCCAUCUUCUCUCUGCGCCGGGGAAUUUAAUUCCUAUUUCUUUUCUCAGUCUAUAUCUCUCAUCUGCCUCCAGCCCAACGGGUGCGUUGUGUGAUACCUAUGAAUGUUUUGACCACUGUAAUCCGUCUGAACACCCUGUUCUUCUCUAUCUUGUGGGGAUACAAAUGACCGUAUCUCUCCAUCAGCCAUAACCGUCGCGAAUCUUCUUGAUGUGUUCGUUCCGCCAUUGUGGGAAGCGCAGCACAUUGCAGCUGAAAUGUUCCAUCAUGAGCUCUCUUUCUUCUUAUGUUUUCUCAGCCUCAGUUCCUCGGCCUCUGAUUUCUCUAUUGGUGCUAUCUUAUCCCCUGUUUGUGUAAGAACUUCAAUGUCCUAUUUUUUUGUUUUUUUUUUUUUUUUUUUUUUUUUUU